AUGCGUCGCAUCCCACAGCGCGCAAGACUGGGGCACCAUGGACAGAUUCUCGCCAGUUCUUCUACCACCCAGCCGUCGCUCUCGCUCCCAUCCAGCGAUAUCCUCUCCCUUACUACCUCCCGUCACCUCUCCAACCCGCCUCACAAUCACUCCGUCCCAUCCACCCCGCCAUCUCCUCUCCCUUACCUUCCCGCCGUCGCCUCUCCUCCUCCCCGCCGUCACCUCUCCCUCCUCUCCGCCGUCGCGUCUCCCUCCUCCCCGCCGUCGCCUCUCCCUCCUCCCCGCCGUCGCCUCUCCCUCCUCCCCGCCGUCGCCUCUCCCUCCUCCCCGCCGUCGCCUCUCCCUCCUCCCCGCCGUCGCCUCUCCCUCCUCCCCGCCGUCGCCUCUCCCUCCUCCCCGCCGUCGCCUCUCCCUCCUCCCCGCCGUCGCCUCUCCCUCCUCCCCGCCGUCGCCUCUCCCUCCUCCCCGCCGUCGCCUCUCCCUCCUCCCCGCCGUCGCCUCUCCCUCCUCCCCGCCGUCACGUCUCCCUCCUCCCCGCGGUCGCCUCUCCCUCCUCCCCGCCGUCGCCUCCGGCGGCAGGUGCACGAGCGCAAGCGCGAGUUGGUGCGCGAGGGCGGGUCGGUGCGCGAGCUCGGGUGGGUGCGCGAGCGCGGUUUGGUGCGCGAGCGCGGGUUGGUGCGCCAGCGCGGGUUGAUUUCUGAGGCAUUGUAA